CAGGCACUGUUCUUUAAAAUUACUUCCCAAUGAUAGCACGCAUAGAGAUGAAACUAACACGUUGCACGCUUUCAUUGCGUUCACCCGCAACGUUGUUUACGCGGAAUUACUAUUUUUAAUUUGCGUGUGCGCACACGCCCCGCCCCAUUUUUACGGGAAUUUCUCUCGCUGGAGGUCGACGACUGCUACAAAGUUACAAUAAAACACAUAAUGUGCAUCCUAUCGUUCUAUACGAACAACAGCACAAUGGGAACUCGGGUUGUGGUCUCGAGACCCAUACAGCACUCGGCUGCGUCUCGUGCUGUAUGAGUCUCUCGACCACACCCCUCUUUCCCAUAAAUCACGUAUAGAACUCUAAACGCACAUUAUCUCUUACUUAUAAGGGGCGUGUCCCCUUUCACAGAGAUAUACGUAGUAGUAGUAUAAAAAAUGAGUGGAGACAAGUAAAUUAAUAUUCCUGCAGAUUUAGAAAAAGAGGCAUAUGGGGAUGGUAUAAAAAGGAAGAGAGACAAGAUAGGGAUGGGAUACAUGAAGCAUGGUUAAUGAACAGAAACAAGAAAAUACAAACAUGUCAUACUACGGAGUAACCAAGAGUACAAGUGGAGUGGCACAGCAGGCAACAAUAUAGGGAUUGAUGCCUUUUUUUAAAUCCGCAGGAUUUUUAAUUUACUUGUAUUACUAAGGCAUGCCUAAGCAAAUCUUUUUUCUAGACAUCAUUUUGAAAUCUGCCUCUGAUGCUUGGUAUGUUAUCUAUAAGGCACUUGCCUAAUGUCUUAUAAAUUUAUUAUGAAUAAAGGCAAAGCAUUAAACUCUUACCAACAAAAUUUUAUUAUGCUAAAUGUUACAGUUAAAAUGUAUGUUCCCUUAUUAGCCAUGGGCCUCCUGUCCCCAUUACUUAAUGGUUGAAAAUAUUGUGUAGUACAUUGAUAAAUUCAUCUAGAAAUUGUUUGUAAUAAGGUGUGGGCAAAUCUAGCUUUUGAACAAGGUCUGACGCAAAAACAUUGGUUUAAUGACUGAGGAUGCAUCCUAUAUUGUGUUAUCAGGAAUUGUAUUGAUGGUUUUGUUUAUAGGAUGGUAUAGAACCAAUGUGGGAAGAUGUGAGAAAUAAAAGUGGUGGGCGCUGGCUUUUCAAUCUUGAUAAAAGGGAGAGAAGAGACAUUUUGGAUUCCUGCUGGUUAGAAACACUCAUGUGUCUGAUAGGAGAGGGCUUUGAUGACAGUAGUGAUGAGGUUUGUGGUUCAGUUGUUCAGAUAAGAAGCAAGGGUGACAAGAUGGCAAUAUGGACAGGAAAUGUAGAGAAGGCAGAUGACAUUCUGCAUAUAGGGCGAACUUACAAAGAGCGACUUCAGAUACAUGUUAAGGGAAAGGUGUCUCUUGUGUAUCAAAGUCAUCUUGAUGUUUCAACUAAAGCUGGAUCAACCAGCCGGCACAAAUUCACUGUUUAAAACACACUUAUUUAAGUCUAGGGUAUUAUUAUCUCGGCACGUGUUUCUUUGCUAUUCUGAUAAUCUUUUUAGGUAACGACUUUUUUGACAGAGAUUUAUUUAUACGCA